CGUCGUUCGUCAUUCAUUGAAGGAAGGCAGGCGAAGGACACUCACCGAUGAGCAGCAGAGACGAGAAGCUCCCUCUCUUGGCCAAGUACUCCACCAGUGCUCUCGCCAAGGAUGAGCUGACUCACGUCAUCGCCAUUUCCCUUCCGCUGAUCGGGACGGCCAUCCUCGAAUACAUCAUGAACUGCAUUAACGGCAUGUACACGGGUCAUUUGAGCGCCGAGGCGAGCGAGAUCCACCUCCUUCUUGCUGCGAAUGGCUUGUCAUACUUGUUCUACGUUCUCUUCCUGUACAGUUUUGCGAUUGGGGUCGGCACGGCGUUGGACGCGAUGUGUGCCCAAGCGCACGGCCGCGGGGCCAAGGCCGAGAUCAUCGUGCUGCUUCAAACGGCCGUGCUUUGUAGUGCGGUGCUCAUGGUGCCCAUCUUUUUCACGUGCUACUUUGCCACGGACAUCUUGCUGCUCCUUGGCCAAAACCCCGACGUGGCCGCUCUCACGGGGCGAGUGCUGUGGAUCUUUAUGUUUGGCCUGCCGUUUUGCUUUGGCUACGAGAUCUUCAAGCGCGUGCUGCAAGCCCAAAACAUCGUCCUGCCAGCGGUUUACGCCGGCGUGUGCGCCAACGUCACCAACUUGAUCGUGGCCUACACGCUCAUGUAUCACACGUCAUUGGGCUACUUUGGGUCGGCGUAUUCGUUUGUGGUCGUCACGUUCGUGUACUUUGUCGUAUCGUUGUACUAUGUGUUGAAAGCUACGAAUGUCGAGUGGAUCUUCCACUGGCAUGUGCAUGAUGCCAUCGUCCACUUGCCGUCGUUUCUGUUCUUGAGUGUGUUUGGCUGGUUUAUGUUCAUUUCCGAGUUUGCAUCGGUGGCGCUCACGUCGAUUCUCGCUGGGUUACUCCCCAGUGCCAACUUGGCGAUUGCGUCCAACUCGAUCUUUAUGGGGUUCCGUCAAGUGUUUUUCAUGGUGUACAUGGGUCUUGGUGUGGCCAGUUCUGUUCGUGUGGGGAAUGCCCUCGGCGCCAACAAUCCGCAUCGGGCCAAAGUCGCGGCGGUUCAAUCUGUCGGGCUGUCCUGUGCGUGGGCGUUGUUCACAUCCGUGCUUAUGUUUGCCGUGCAGCAUGUAUUUCCCCACGCGUAUACCAGUGAUCCAGCUACGUUGGCGUACGUCCUCUUAUAUUUUUCUACAUGUUAAGCACAGUUGUUGGUAGGCUCACGGCCCAAUUGAUGGCCGUGAACGCGCCGUUCCAGAUUGCGUUUGCGAUUUGGAUGGUGAUGCUGGGGGUGUUUCGAGGCAGCGCGAGGCCCCAUGAAGGCGCGCUGUGGAAUGUGCUAGCCAUUUUGGUCGUGGGGGUGCCCAUGGGAUGGAUGCUCGCGUCUACGUACGAGUAUGGCAUAGUCGGCAUUUGGCUCGGAGUGUCGUUCGGGUACGUCCUCUGCGCCAUCUUCGGGCUGUACUGGCUGGCUACGGUGGACUGGGUGGCCAUGGCAAGUGAAGCCAGUGCGCGGUUGAUCGUGUCGCCAUCAAUGGACGACAAGGACCUGCCUUAACCAGGCUGACUAACUACUACAGCAGGUGCUGUCUAUGGAAGUACAUCUGUAGAGCGAUCUAUCUAUCGAUAGUUGUAAACGGGUACUACAGCAUACUUGUUUUGGAAGUUGCAUAGAUCCAUAUCGAAUGUCACAGGGACGCGCUUCGAUAGGUAGAGACAUACUAGUCACAACCGAAAUUAACAUUGGAGCUUGUACUAGUAGUACUACGUGGUGGUAGUAG